AUGGGUCUACUGUUGAAGGAAGUCGACGUCCUUGUUGUGGGCGGCGGCAAUGCUGGGUUCAGCGCUGCCAUCUCGGCAGCAGAGUCCGGGGCUAAACCCGGCGCAUUUAGAACCGUUUACUAUGGUCUGGAUGACCUGCUUCCAAUUGUGAACAAUGUGGACAAAGUCAUGGCAAAGAAAAUUGACAUGAAAGCCUACACCGCCGACGAUUUCACGCAGGAUAUUCAUCGUAUCUGCAGCGGUCGGUCUGAUCCCGAGCUGUCCCAAAUCCUUGUGCACGAGUCAAACGCUGCAGUCAAGUGGCUUGCUAAACAUGGUGUGCGGUUUCAACUUCCUUUCAACCGACAGGCUUAUGAAGUUGACGGCCGGUUCAAAUUCUGGGGCGGUCUAUCACUGAAGACACAAGAUGGAGGCAAAGGCUUGAUUGAAGAUCUCCGACGAGCCGCGAAUACACUUGGAAUACACGUUGUCUUUUCCACGGCUGCUAAACGUUUGGUAGUUGACGCACGAACUGGUUCUGUCCGGUCUGUUUUCGUGCAGACUGCUGAUGGUAUCGAGCAGGAGAUCCGAGCUACUGCAGUCAUUUUGGCAGCAGGCGGAUUUGAGGCCAAUUCUCGGAUGAGGGCCCAGUAUCUUGGCCCCAACUGGGACCUGGCAAAAGUGCGCGGGACGCCGUACAAUACAGGCACAUGUCUAGAAAUGGCCAUCCGAGACGCGUCUGCUAAGCAAGCAGGCAACUGGUCUGGCUGCCACUCUGUCGCUUGGGACGACAAUGCCCCUCCACAUGAAGGUGAUAGACUCAUCUCAAACGAGUUUACCAAAUCAGGUUAUCCUCUGGGCUUAAUGCUUAAUACUGAAGGAGAUCGUUUUGUGGAUGAGGGUAUCGACCUAAGGAAUUACACAUACGCGAUAUUCGGCAAGGCUAUCCUUGCUCAACCAGGUCAUACAGCGUUUCAAGUUUGGGAUUCCCAAAUGAUACCCUGGCUUCGAGAUGAGGAGUAUCGAGAGGGCCGCGUGGAAAGGAUCAUGGCCUCGUCACUGUCAGAGCUAGCCCAAAAGUGUGCGAAGCAUGGAUUGACAAACCCAGGCAAAUUUGUGGAAACAAUCACGGAAUAUAAUGAUGCCGCAGUUGCUUUUCAAAGAGAGAACCCUUCUAAAAAGUGGGAUCCGGCUGUGAAAGACGGGCUCUCUACCCAAUCCAAGACCAAACGUCUUUCCUUGGCCAAGUCUAAUUGGGCUGUCCCUCUCAUCAAAGGCCCAUUUAUGGCUGUCAAAGUAACAUGCGGUGUUACUUUCACUUUUGGAGGCCUUGCCGUGGAUCCCAAGACUGCAGGAGUGAUUUCGUCGACAUCGAACUCCGUGAUCCCGGGACUCUACUGUGCGGGCGAGAUGCUGGGUGGUUUGUUUUAUGGUAAUUAUCCUGGGGGUUCCGGUCUUACUUCUGGAAGUGUGUUUGGCAGAAGAGCUGGUAAAGCCGCUGCAGCUGCAUCCAAAGCAUGGAAUGAAGAUAUCCAACUACUGUCGAGACUGUAG